AUGAGAGCGCCUGCAAUGGCCGCCAGGCUACCAGCAGUGCUGUCUCUGCUCGUGCUGUGCCUCUCUUCAUGCUCAGCAUCCCGAAGCCUAUUGCUAGCUACAGCCCCCCUUGCAGCCCAGGACGCGCUGCUCGCACCAGCAGCUGCGCAAGAACCAGUCUUGCCCCUUAACCCUGCUCUAGCACCUGGUCUGGCAGCAAGUGGCCCCCUUCCAGAGGGCGUUGUCAGCCUUGCAGCCAAGAAGAACACCAACCAGGUUGCAGCACAGGACGCCCUAGCGGCCGCACAGGCCACCCCGGAGACCACCCAGACAGGCCAGUACAGCGUGGUGGCAGGGAAUCAGAACACUGACAAAGGGCUGCUGCCGGCGGGAAACUCGGUCAACACCAAGAAGCUGUCGGCCAGCCAGCUGGCGUCCGUGCAGGCCGCCAACAAUGUCAACGCGCAGCGACUCAUCGCCGCUGAUGUCACCAAGGUCGUCGGUGCAAACGUGCAGCUCGACAGCAGCGGCCAGCCGUCCGAGGUGAAGGUGAAUCCGACAGACAUGGCUGCCAGGACCGUGAACCAGGUCAACAGCGACGCGCCCACCUACACAGCACCAAAUGGGCUAGCGAUCAAGCCGCAGCUGGCGACAGGGUCGCAGAAGGCGCUGGCCGCACCCAGCGGCUCGGCAUCCGGCUCAAAGAGCAACGCCGACGCGGCCAAGACGCGCACAACCACAGCCGCCGGACAGCCGCUCAACGCGGUGCAGGGGACGAGCGCUUUGGACGGUGAGGUGAUCACGGGUGACUACGUCGGUGCGGUUGUGGGUGUGAGGAUCGCCACGCCCUUCUUCGGAACCGGAUUCAACUUCUGCAUCGACCGCUACUUUGGGAGUUUCCCCAAGGUGGGCAUCGUAAUCCCCAACGCGGCGGCAUGGCUGCUGCCGGAGUUCCAGGACCUGGCGCAAGUGCUGGAGCACACCCUCGACCUGCCCACCAUCCUGCCCCACGGCGCCCGCAUCGACCCCACCGCCGAUGGCUUCCUCCUCUGGCUACCCACCUUCCAGCCGAGCCAGGUGCCGGACUUUGGGCUGCGCUACGGAAUCCAGAUCGGGCAGGCCUUCGGCUACGACUUCGGUAUCGGUAUCAUCCGUGACAUCUGCUUCGUCAGCUUUGUCAUCGUGUAG